AUGCAUGGUGUCUUUCAUUCUAAUGGAUUUGCGCAUUUACUGCGUGUCAAUGGCGGGAAGAUGGGUUCAGAUCGGUUGACCGGCGAUCAGGUCAUUGAAUUCUGGGACCGGUUAUGCACUGGUUUGCAAGCCAGGAAAGUGAGUGACACCUCAAAGAAACGAAGGUUGUUUAAUGGAGUAGCAUACGAUCAUCCAUGCUUCGGUCGAUGGGGAUACAAAUUCGGACGAGGAUGUUACGGCUUAAACCAACCGAUUUAUCGAAAAGCCACCGAAGCAAUCCAAGGGAUACCAUUGCGCUUGCUAAAAAAACGCCGAGUUCAGGUGGCUUUCGAGUCAAGAAGGGAUGCUGCACGAGCUUAUAUUGAUGACACAGGGUUGCUGGAAUUUUAUAUCAAAUCACUUGGGAAUCACAUAGUGGGUAACUACUUGGUUCGUCGUUGCUUAAACCCGGUAACUAAAGUACUAGAGUACAAUAUUGCGUGGAAGAUAUUUCCACUCUCAUUCAAGCUCUGGUGCACGAUUAUAUCGAGAAACAAUGAAGGGAUAGACGAAGGGCUGAAGAAGCUGAUGCUGCCCCCAUAUGAAUGUACGAGUUUAAACGAAAACGCUACCUUGGACGAGCUCAAACAAGAGGUGAAGAGUUUCAGAGAAGUGCAUUGGAGGAUGAGGAGUCUCGUUGUAGAAACCGUGGCGAAUAUGAGCGUGAAGGGAUCGGUUUUGGUGGUGAGAUAG